AUGCAAGAUCACCGCCAUAAUUCUGUUUGGCUGAAUGCUCUUUAUAUCCAGCCGCAGCUUAGGCGCCCAAACCAUGGUUACGAAGGAGAAAUGACCUCUGAAACGCAUUUUCUUUACCGAGACAAGUCGAUCCCUCUCUUUGUUCUGCACAAGAAUCCAAACGCGAUGAUAUCUCUCGCUUAUGCUGCUUUGUUUUUUUCACAUUCUUCCCCGCCUACUUGUCGCCCGGCAGUGCUGGAUGUGUCCAGCUUCGAGCGCCUGAUGGGUCCGUGCAUAGAAGUGAUGCUUCGGGAGGCCGGCAGCUACUUCGAACAGAUUGUGGAGAUUCUGGGCGAAAACGCCUUGCUAGAGCACCCUCAGCUGAAGAAGCUGGCGGCCGAUUUGGCCGUCCAGCCGAACACAGCCUCGAGCACGGAGUUCUAG